GUGGAGGCAUGAAUGGAGUGCUGUCGAGCGUGACCUGGGGCACAUGGGACCUGGAAUCGCCGACUUACGUCACUCGGAAUGGCGAGGAUGAUGACUUUGCAUCUGCACAAGGCAGCAAGAAGGAGCGAAGACGGCGAGAGAAGGGUGUGCCGCGGCUCCAAACGCAAGAGAUGGCGUGGUUCAACCAACUGCUCCAUGACAAAAUCGAGCCGCUGAAAGUGUUGCACUACCUUCCCAAUCCACUCGCGGCGACGACGAUGACAUCCGUCAUUCCAUGGGACGACUUGCCUCUCGGUAUCCAUCCUAAAGAUGGCCAUUUACCUCCACAGCGCAUCCAGAACAAGCGACAUCAAGUUGACAACCUUGCCGUGUUCCUUCGGCGACUCCUACGCGAUGGCGACCGAGUCGUCGAGUUCUGCGCAGGCUCCGGGUACGUAGCGCUCCCUCUCGCCUGUCUCUUUCCCAAGUGUCAUUUUGUGGUCCUGGACAUGAAGAAACCUUCGCUGGACAUCGCGCACGAGCGCAUCAACGCUUCCGGCCUGACCAACGUGAGCGUCUUUUGCGGCAAAGUCGACGAGUACAUGGAUUCGUUUGACGUGGGCAUUGCGCUGCAUGCAUGUGGCGAGGCCACGGACAUGGUGCUGGAGAAGUGCCUCGAGUCGAAUGCUGCGUAUGUGCUGGCUCCGUGUUGUGUGGGGAAGAUUAAGCACAGCUCGUUAACGUACCCUCGAUCGAGCACCUUAACGAACGUCCUGUCGAGGCACGAAUACGAGGUGGAGUCCAUCUCAAAGCACCGGUUUUGACGUACAUUACGUUAGAUCGUGGCCAAGGCGGCGGACUUUGGACAUGCCGCGCUGACGCUGACCGCGAUCAAUGCCGCGCGACGGCGGUGCAAAAGCGUCGUGGAGGCGGAUCGCAACCUGCGCGCUCAAGAGGUACGUCGAUCGAGAUCGAUUAAGUUAAGAGACGGAACCAGUCCAAAGGGUACGCCACGGCCAUGUUCAUCAUGCACCCGGCGGCCGCCACGCCCAAGAACGACAUCCUGGUCGGGUGGCCGGCGUCGCUUGCGCACAUGGAAGCCCCGGGACAAUUCCUCACAGACCGCGCCGUGCACUGUGCGCUGUAUGGGCACGAGUUGCCACGAGCCUUGUCGUAAUCCCAACGAACGUUGAAUUGGCUCUACACAUGGGCAAAUUCCUUGAUUCCAAGCAUGCAUGAUGAGGGACUCAAAAUGGGAAUUCUCCCGUCGUUGGAAGCUGCUACGAGACAUCGCCGAAGGACAAAGUCACCCACACGAAAAGGACACUCGGUGGGUUCCACAGUUCCCACAUAAGCAUGUGAGACACAUAGCCGCCACGAUGCUUGAAUCGCCGCAGGAAUGUUCUUGAUCAUAGUGGCCCAGUGGUGAGUAGCCGGAUGGAGAUGCUGGCAUGACAGUCCCAACAGAGGUGGAAGGGUCACCUCCCCAAGUGGGCAGCCUUGUGACUUGUAAAACUCGGUGGAGUGCCACAUGUGGUGCUGAUGACGCUGCAGAUUUCGUCCAUUUGGAUAGGCCAGGUCGUGUGUUCGAAAUGGGCCUUCUUUAACUCGUGCAUGAGACAUCGUCACUCUCUCCCGCAGUCCGAUCUUUCCUUCCUUGUCGCUACCCUGCUCUCGUUGCCGAUCUGACAAUGACGUCGGCGCCAUCUAUUCCGCACAUCGCCGCCUUCGGCCAUCGGCCAGCCAAUGCCGUGCAUAUAUGGACCUUUGUCACGAAUGCCGUCCAUAGGCAUUGGCGCAAGCGGCGGCAUACUAUAGUACGUAGGCAUUCGUUGGUCAAUCAUCUUCACGCAGUGGAUUGACUACUGACGGAGCAUGCUCCACUUCCUUCAGUCAUCACAUCAACACCGCUCCUUCCACCAACAGCAUCGGCGGAAGCGCUGACGUGGCCAAGGUUGAGGUGGAUUCCAUGGAAACUAGGCUCCG